GUAACUUCGACGUCGCUUCUUCCACUUCGUGACUUCGACCUUUUUCAUGGACGAAGCCUUUGAGCUGUUGAUCUCACCAAAGGAUCUGGGCACGGUGCAAGCGGAGCAGGUGGAUCUGUCCUUUUCGGUCGAGCACAAUCGACUUGAACAUCCGGAGGAUGAAAUCGAAUCCAGCUGGGAGGCCGCUUUGGCAAAGAACCCGCGUCUCUUCAAUGGCUCCAAAUUCCGACUACGUCGCGUGAGCCUCGUGAGUUCGACGUGUCCUCCCGUCCUCACGAUGGAGCUGGGACUGACCAGCUACAAGGAGUACUUGGGCACCAACCGGUUGAGUGCUGAAAAGCGGAAGCGCUUCGAAGAUGAUGGCCAGAAGCAUGGUGACAAGGGCGCCCACUUCUCGAAUGCUUUGGGCUGCGAAGCAGUGCUCUGCACGUCGGAUCAGCAAAUGGUGCUCUUGCGGCGCAGUGGCGCAGUUGGAACCCAUGCCGGUUUGUACAAUGGCCCCUCGGGCCAUCCGGAACCGAAGAACCUGGGCCUUGACGACGUCCUCCCAGAUCCCUCGAGAGAGCUUUCAGAAGCGGUACGACGGGAGCUCUUUCAAUCUGCCCUUGACGAGGUGGUUGCUGAGACCGGCGUGGCGGUGGAGACCUUGUCGGAGCCGGUGCUCAUGGGCAUCAUGGUGGACUCCACACAGAAACCCGAUGCCCUCUUUUUCGUGAGACGCGUGGCACGGCCAUUUGUUGCACCAGUCGAGAUGGAAGAGAAAGGCAUGUCCAACAAUUGACGAACCAAAAACCACGAAAGAAUUGAGUUUGGCUGUUGUGUGGCAGCGUAAGAAACGAGAAGAAACGCAAGAGAAGAAGGAAACACACAUAGAGGAGAGAAAGAGAAAGUAUCUAUGGACAACCGACAGAAAAGUGAGAACAAGAGGGCUGCGUUUAUGUGGUUUUACGGCUUCACGAGCAAAUGAGUUCCAGUUGGGGGAUGAUUUUGUGCAAAAGGCGUUAUCUUGUAAGAACAUAAGAUCCUUUCAAUCCUUUCUGGAGAAGUGGCAACAAUAUGCAUUUGUAAUCGACCUCAAGAUGCGUCAGAUACAUUUUGAGUAUGUGUUAAACAGAUUGAUGUGGCUCCAACUACGGAUAAGUCAUGCAGGAUGAGGGUCCGCUGUGAAGGAAAGUAGACCCAAAACCCAUUAGUUGGAAGUCAGGCGUGAGAUCCACGAGACCCACCUACUAGCGGCCUCCGCCCCAAUAGCGAUGGGCUCCAACUCACGAGAUCCGUGAAGUGCGCCUCCAAACAGUUUGGACUUUUGUGGUUCUUCGAAAGGGCCCAGUGGGCGACAUCUGGUCGUCCAAAGAAAUCUGGCCAGUUUAUGCCAGUCGGUUGUGGAGGAGCAAGGACGCUACUAGGGGCUCCUGGCCUUACUACUAGGAACAAGAAGCUACUAGGGGCUCCUGGCAUCGCUACUAGGAGCAAGGACGCUACUAGGAGCCCAUUCUUUGUUUUGGGCCUAGGUUCUGGCCGAUCGCGAAGGCCGCUGAGUGCAGCUUGCCGCUGACAGCUGUGACGCGUGCAGCGCUGCAAUGCGUCCUCGAGUUGUGAAA